AUGCAUAUCAUCAUUAUUGGUGCUGGCCCAGCUGGCCUCGCAGCCGCCCUCGCACUCUCCCAAACAGCCAUUCAAGGCUCGCCGCCUCGCAUCACUAUUCUCGAGCUGCGCCCAAAAGUCGAAACGCUCUGCGGGACGAUUCUGCUAACACCCUUGGCGCUACGAUACCUGGAUGCUCUUGGAGUCGGAUCACGAUUACGAAAACUGGGUAUCCCGAUCCGAGGUGUCGAUGUCGUGGCUCUUUGGACUGGCCGGACGCUGGGGCAGAUGUUACCGGGAACAGAUGCGCUGAGAGUUAUGAGGCAUCAUCUUGUGCAAUGCAUGGCGGAUGCUGUUGCUGAACUGCCUAACGACCGGGUCAACUUGCGUUAUGGUGCGAGGGUCACCGACAUACGACAGGUCGACGACCAGGGAGAUGAUGAGGGUACUGUUCGUGUCGACCUACGAUUUGAUGCCGAUGAGUCGCAGGAGUCUAUCAGUUGCGAUAUUCUGCUUGGUUGCGAUGGUAUACACUCUUUCGUUCGGACCACGGUCGUGGAUUGUGAACGGAAGAAGACGUAUUCUGGUCGUGCCAUUGCCUACGGGUACGUCAACUGUGAUUCUCCUGGAAACAUCAAUAUGACAACAUCAGAUGGGAAGCCCAUCCUCCUGGACUCUACUAUGAUCCAAGGCCAGCAUGGAUCAUUCUUCAUGACCUAUUUCGAGCCAUCGAGGGAGAAGGUAUAUGCUCUAGCUCUCAUGCCAAUGGCAGAGAACCAAGACUCACGGGAAGGAUGGAAGGCGUUAGGAGAAGACAAACUCACACUCAAGCGGGAUAUUGUUGCUCGUUUUAAAGAAGGCAGUAUUGAAGGCCUAGAAACCAUCAUCAACGAAAGCGACUGGUACUUCUACCCUGUCUAUAUGCUUCCUCCUGAGGGAAGAUGGAGCAAAGGAAGAGUGCUUCUUCUAGGGGACGCCGCGCAUGCUAUGCCACCCCAGGGCGAAAGUACCGGUAUCGCGAUCGAAGACGGUGUCCUAUUCGCCCAUGUACUUAGCGAGGGGAUAUCAAGGGGUGUACCUUAUGUCAUGGAAGCCUAUGAGGCCCUGAGACGAGAUGACAUCAAGAAACUGCACGCUGAGACAAUGUUUCGCUGGAAUGCUGGGAGUUCGUCGUCGUGGCUAUGGAGUAUCACGAUGGAAUUUGCUACUUGGGUCUAUCUUCUUCUUGCCAACUACCGACAGGAAGAUUACUUUAAGCGGGAUGUAAGAAGCUUCAAGCUUCCAUGA